CACGCGGCUAAUUAAACCAUUGACUAUGCACUCCAGAGCAGACGCGUUCUAGUGCGUUAGUCUGACGCGGGUUUAUUCCGACUAACAGGCUCACGUACACAAACACUGCACCACCAAACCGGGCGCUCUGACGAUGAGAGGAGACACGAACACGGAGGAUGUUGCGGAGGGCGACGGUUAUGGAACGACUGGAACAGGAACUGCAGCCGAGGAAAGGAGACCUAGUAUUACAACACUACAAAAUAUGCUAAAGAAAGCUUCCCAAAGCCAGUUUCACGAUCAGCACAAGAAUGGAAUCAGUGGUGAUGUUGCAAGAAUUAACCCUUUAUAUAAGUAUUACCUGGAAUCUGGCAGCAAAGACUAUGGCAUGAAUAACGAGAAGAAGGAAAUAUCAGAGGAUGAAACAACUGAUACUGUCUUGGCAGCUGAAUUUCAGAGUACCCCUCUAGAUCUUAAACCCAGACACAGGGUUAUGGAAAAUGGAAAUCAGCUCUCUGAACGUCAGAAGGACCCAUUUCAAACCUCGACCCACAACCCUGUAAAAGACUUCUUCCAGAAAUCCUCAGUGGGUCAAAUCACAUCUGCUAGGGGAUCUUUUUAUGAUGUAACCCUCAACUCACCAGAUCUGUUUGAGGCAAAUCCAACUCAACCACAAGGCUUUUCCAAAACUAUACCAUCAAAAAGUUCAGGCAUCUUGAACAAUGAAGUUGGUGGUCUUUUCAGUGCUGCCAAGAGUGAGGAGUUAUUCCCUACUGGUCAUGCUAAGGAUGUCAGCUUCUUCAAUGACUCUCCCAGUACUUUUGUGGACCCAUUUAGAGCUCCUUCAAGUAAUGAGGAUGAUGUGUUCAUGUCCCCACAGUUAAAUGGGGCAAGCCCAUUUUCUGUCUCUUCAACCAGGAAAGAUCACUUUCAAGCGUUUUCAACUAAAAGCGAGGAUCUCUUUCACGCCAAAGAAAAUAAACAAGACCACUCUGGUGAAGAGAGGAACAGCUUUGUUGCAUUUUCUAAGGAAAACCUUGACAUAUUUUCAACAUCCUCAACAAAUGACCCAUUUGACCCAUUUCCAAGCCCUAUCAGGGGGGAUUUAUUCCAAGACGUGUCAAGCUUGGAUGACCCAUUUGGAACUACAACCUCUAAACAAUAUGAUCCUUUUCAUGAAGUAUCAAACAGGACUUCAGACAUUUUUCAGCCUCUUGAGCAAUCAAGGACUCCUCCACAGUCUUUUAGUGGACUUAAAGACAUUGUUUUAACGACUCCUGAAGGAACCAAAUAUGAUAUUCUACAACCAACUCCUUUCGUCCGAGCCAGGAAUCUGGCCAUGUCUGCCAAGCACUCACCAACUGAUAUGUCUCAUGUGCCAACCAUCAAACGUCCUCCAAAGCCACUUCCUCGCACAAAACUACUAAAGACAGGAAAGCCACCCACUCCAGAAAAUCCAUCUACUCCAGAGAAGCCACCCACACCAGAAAAAAGAUCUACUCCAGAGAAGCUACCCACUCCAGAAAAUCCAUUUCCUCUAGAGAAGCCACCCCCUCCAAAAAGGCCACCAAAACCAGAAAGGCAACCACUGCUAGCCACACCUGUUGAACCUGAAGCAGCUGCACCAAAACUGUCUCCUAAAGCGAUAAUCAGACGACUGUCAAAGCCAGUUAUUAGCCGCAAACCAAAAUCCCCGGAUAGUAAAGAGGUUCACCCAGAAAACUUUGUUGUGUUUGAGGACAUCCUGCUCACUGGACAGGAGAGGUGUGUGGAAGAUUGGCCUGAAGACAGUCCUGAAGUUGUCCCUGGCUACAAACCAUCUAGCAAAUUUAAACUACGGCGGGAGUCAUGGCAGAUGAAGGCAGAUUCUGAUGGAGGAAGUGGAGAGGACAUUUCUCUGACUCAAACCAAGAAAAAGGACAAGAAAUUUAGAAUGUCCCUAAUCUCCAGAAGAGGCUCAAAGGAUAUGUUUUCUGACACAAAGGAGGGCAGGAGCAGGAGCAGAACACUAUCCUUUACCCAAAAAUCACCAAAGGACUAUUUUUCAGACCCUCCCAUACCUGGGGAAAAUGGAGAACAUGAGGAGAUGGAUUACAAAAAACCACAGAAAAUCAAACCUGGCAGGCUGCGUAGACCAUCCAGUCCCUCUUUAUUACUGGGAGUGGAAGGGAAAUACACAAGUGGAAAUUCACUUCAAGAAUCAAAGGGCACAGUGUUGGAAAACAGCAGCGGAGAGGAAGAGGAGGAAGGAGUAGCUACACAGAAAGAGAAGAGUAGAAAGAAGAUGAAACUCAAGUUUGUGCCAAAGAGAGGAUUUGCCAUUACCAGAGAAAAGUCUAACGACGAACCAAAAGGAGCAUAUGGAUUCACACCUCGCAAAGAAUCAAUGGAUGAUCCUUUCGAGGAUGUAGAGCAGUUAAAAAACUACCAGCUUUCAUCUAGCAAGGCUGCUUUCAUGGACGAGGACUUCCAUAAAACGCAGAAUGUUAUCUUUGAUGAAGAUAUUAAUGGAUUGGACGACAAACCUAAGAAAAAUAAAAAGAUGAAAGUGCCCUUCAUUCGUCGAAGCUCUAAGGAGGACAUGUUGGAAGAUAAUACUGGCAAGAAGAACAGCUUCUCUGCAGAAGAGUUGGAUGAUGACGACCUUUACGCAUUGAAGAAAAGCGCAACAAAGACCCCUAAAUACAGAGGUCAUGUUCCUUUUCCACACACAUCAAGGGUGGCUGGACAAAGUGAAUUUGCUCACGAGGAUGACUUUGGUGAGGAUGAUUAUGCCGGAAAAGAUUUUUUGAAACCUGGAGAGAGCUAUGACAGCAAACCAGAUGAACUGGAAACCUACAAGCAGAAAAAGUCAUCCAAACCUAAAUUCUUAAAGAAACACAAAGCUAAGAGCAAAUCUGUGAACAUGGAGUCUGACGAUCCGCCAGGAGCUGCGUACCUGUCAGAGGCUGCUAAGGCAGAGUGGAUGGCUGCUCAGAGGGACGAACAAGCUUUGUCUGGCCUUGAGGAUGAAGACGCUGACGGGGACACUGACAGUUUGAUGGAGUGGUGGUACACAGUGGAACAAUGGGAUGAGGUGCCGUCAGAUGAAGAGGACAUGACUAAAAAAGAUGACUCAAAGUCGUUCACCAUCUUGGCAGACAAGGUUAACAGAGGCCUGCGGCUCUUCAACAAAGUCUUCACAGAGCGAGCCGAGGUCCUCUGGCAGUCCUCCAUCACGCUCAACGCUGUAGCCGAGGACAUCACUGAUUUCCAUCACAAAGCCAAGAUUGCUGGCAUCACCGGCGGCACCACCACAGCUGUAGGUGGGGUGGCAGCCAUCGCAGGUUUAGCUUUGGCACCUUUUACCUUCGGGGCCUCACUGGUAGUUACAGCUGUCGGUGUGGGUGUGGCAGCAGCGGGUGGGAUCACGUCCGCCUCCGCAGCAAUUUCGGAUAAUGUUAACAACAUGCAGGACCGCAAGAAGGUGGAGAUAGUACUAAAGGAGUAUGAGACUCACCUGCUGACCAUUGGAAAGAUCCUUCACUUUGUGGAUCAGGGCUUGUACAGACUCCGUGGCCAUCCUUUCCUCAGGUCUGGAACCCAACACUACUCGGAGGACUGGGAGAUCCGCAAAGCUGUGCAGAUGAUCAGCCUGGUAGACUCGCCUGUGAGGCAAGCGGUGGAGGUAACGGACACGGCCGUAUCCUCGGUUCAAGGACUCUUCAAAGGCACUGACAAGUACUUUAUCAAAGAGUCUGGGGAGCUGAAGAAAAGCUGUAAAAAAGAGAUGGUGGCGCUGAUAAAAGAGGUGUCAAAUGUGCUGAAUGCGUCCAUAAUGGAGCUAAACACCAUCAGAGAGGAGCUACAGAAUGCUACUGGGGACUUCUGAGGACAUAAUAGCCACGACACCAGGGCUAUCACUGAUUUAACACCUCCCUCUACUGGCUACAUGAGGGAAGUGCCAGUUCACGCAGUCCAGUACUAGAGUCCUUAGCAAAAGUUAAGCUCUAAAUAACUUAAAUUUAGUAACAAGACUGUUUUAUGUCUGCAAUAUAUUGUCACAUGGAACAAUGCUUUAAUUGCUUUUGAAUUGGAUAUGCUACAGUGGUAAAACUGGCUAAACUUAAGGUUUUACUGUACAGUAGUUAUAGACAGGUUGGUUUAUAAACUUUCUGCCAACACUAUCAAAUACAGUACUGUGUAUGUUUGAAUUGGUCAUAAUGAUAAUAAUGUUCUGUAUGUAAUUUAUUUAUUGUAUUACUGUGUGGUAUUGCCUUUUUACAAUUAGGCAAAAAUCUGAAAUAUCUUGUAGUCUUGCAGUACCAGGUAUUAUUUUUACUGAGACUGUGCCAGUGUUGGGUUCCAGUGACCUGAUGGGUAUAGAAGAUGACGUUUGUGCUGCAGGCCUACUGGUACAAACUACUUUAUUUAAACAUGAUGAAUCGUGAUGGAAUAUUUUUGCACAAAUAUAGUUUUGGGCGCUAUUAAAAAUACCCUGCGCCGAUAGACAUUUUAGAUGUUUUAAGGUAAAACUGAAUCUGUAAAUAAAGUCCUGUUUUGUCCAAAG